AUACUUCUUGCUAGCUUGUAGUCUCAUAUACUCAUCAUCAGUGUUUCUUUCAGUUCCAAUCCUUAUCCUCCCUUUCUUUUUGAGUUGAUUUUGUUACCUUGAUCCCCAAACUACCAUAAACCUUAUUCUUCCGUUCAAUCCUUAGCAAUGGAAGCCGAUGGUCAGAAAUACUCUGUUCUCGUGAAAACCGAAGUUCGUGAAAAGAUUAUGGAAGAAAUCAAUCUGAUCUCGGAAGUCUUCUCGGUGUCAAAGUCUGAUGCAACCGUGAUCCUAGUCCGUCUCCGUUGGAACUCGUUCAAGGCUUCAGAUCUUCUUGUUGACAACAAGGAUAAGUUUCUGGCGGAGCUAGGGCUGGCUCGAGUUCCUAUUUCCAACUCUUCUUCUGCAGGUCGUGAGACGACUACCCUUCCUAAUGGUGAUGGAGAUUACUUAGUCUCGACGCCCUUUUGCUCACACAAGUUUUCAACAACUUGCUGGAGUGAAUAUCUCAACGAUGCUCUGGUGAAGAACAAAGAGGAGACAGGACUCAUCAUCUCUUGCCUUAACCAAGGCUGUGUCGCCUCUGUUGGACCCGAUACCAUCGAGAAACUGCCUGACACAGUGAAGGAGAUGCACGAGGGAUGGCUUCUCGAAUCCUUCAUGGAGUGCCAUAAGGCAACCAUCCAAUGGUGUCCUGCAUCGGAUUGUGAAAACGCCAUACUGCUUGAGGAAGAUGCCGAAGUCGAUUUCGGUGUGGUCUGUUUGUGUGGCCACACCUUCUGUUGGACAUGUGGCCUUGAGUCACACCGUCCGGUGGACUGCAAGAAAGCAUCAAUUUGGUCGACGGACCUGUUGGAUCAGUCAAGGACCGUUUCUUGGAUCCAUGCAAACACCAAACGCUGUCCCAACUGCAGAAGUCCUGUGCAGCAGAAUGAGGAUCCUGAUUACAAGCUAAUGGAGUGUAUCUGCAGGUAUAGCUUCUGUUGGGUCUGCUUACGCACUGCGCAAGAGCAUAAUGGGAACUGGAAUUGUGUUCCAGUGGCUGAACCAGUGGGGGAAUCUUCUUCACGUGAGCUCACUCAGAUCUACCGCCUGAAUAUCUGGGGGGCACGCCAGAAGGAAAUGGAGAAUGCUAAAUCCAAUCAGAGAUUCGUAGAGGACAACUUCAUUCCGAAACUAGUGGAGAGAUGCGGAGUGAGCGAGCUGGACAUAAGGACAGUAAAAGAAGCAGAGAUGCUAAUUGUUCAGUGCAGGCAGGUACUGAAGUGGAGUUGUGUGUUCGAAUACUACAUGACG